AUGAUUUCAGACAACUCGCGCUAUUCCAACGUCAAAUUGCAGGAUCUCGUCGGCGAGAUCUAUGGUCUUUGCAAGGAUCAGCACGGUUGCCGCUACUUGCAGAAGAAGCUGGAAGAAGGUGAUGAUGAGAACAUCAGACUCAUCUUCGAAGAGACCAACCCUCACAUGAUCGAGUUGAUGACUGAUCCCUUUGGCAACUACCUUUGCCAGAAGCUGCUCGAAUUCGCCAACGAUGACCAGCGCACCAUUCUCAUUCGCGCAGCUGCACCCUCGAUGGUCAAGAUCGCUCUCAACCAGCACGGCACUCGCGCUCUGCAGAAGAUGAUCGAGUUCAUCUCGACUUCUGAGCAGAUCCAGAUCAUCACCGAGGCUUUGAGAUAUGAAGUCGUCCCUCUCAUCCAGGACCUUAACGGCAACCACGUCAUCCAGAAGUGCCUCAACCACCUGUCUCCUGAGGACGCCCAGUUCAUCUUUGACGCUGUUGGCACUAGCUGUGUCAUCGUCGGUACCCAUCGCCAUGGCUGUUGCGUCUUGCAGCGCUGCAUCGACCAUGCCUCUGGCCACCAAAAGGCCGCCCUUGUCCAACACAUCACCAUGAACGCCUUCACUCUCGUCCAGGAUCCCUUCGGCAACUAUGUCGUCCAGUACAUCCUCGACCUUGGUGAGCCUGCCUUCUCUCAGCCUCUGGCUCAGAGCUUCCUCGGCAACGUUGCCGCUCUCUCCAAGCAAAAGUUCAGUUCCAACGUCGUCGAAAAGUCGAUUCGCACUGGCGACGACACCACCAGACGCGCUCUUAUCGAUGAGAUUAUGAACCCCACCGAUCUCGAGAAGCUGCUUCGCGACUCUUACGCCAACUAUGUUGUCCAGACCGCCAUGGACUACGCCGACCCUGAGACCAAGGCUCGUCUCAUUGACAACAUCCGUCCUAUCCUGCAGUCGAUCCGCCACACCCCUUACGGCCGUCGUAUCUCUGGAAAGAUUCAGGACUAUGACAACCACCUCAACGGUAUGCCUGGCUCCAUGUCUCCUCCUAGUGUUCUAUCUCCUGGCCAGCUCAGCACCACUCCCUUCCGCACCAGCAGAUCCAACACUGUGACUUCUUACACCAGCACUGGCAGCCCUCUUGGUCACCAAGUCGGCAACUACGGCGCUGCCAGCAUGGGUUCUCCCAACGCUCACAACCGCCACCACGGCUCUAUCAACACCAUGCUCGCUCAGCCCCCUCAGCAGCAGACCAACGGCAAUGGAUUUGGCCAGGUCUUCCAGCAGUUCGGUCAUGCUUCGCGUGGCUCUCACUCUUCCAACAUGGGCCACUACUGA